UUUAAUUUAUUUUUUAGUGUAUUUAUUGCAAAUAAAUUUACAGAACUAAUUGAGACAGAUGCUUCCAAAACAAAUUAACUAUAAUAAUAAUUAUUAUAUUCUAACACUGGGGGUAAUAUGCAAAAAAAUAAGUUAAAAAAGAGGAAAUUAAACAAGGCACAAAGUUCAACAUGGAUGAUUUUGAUGUAGUUCAAUUAUACAACCCAAAAAAUGUGAGAAUUUUUCUAAUUCUGCAUUUGUGUAAAUAAAACGUGGUUUGAAAUAGUAAAUUGACAAUAUUUUCGUGUUCAAAUGCGUUAGUCAAUGUUUUUUUUUCAGACCGAUUGGUUGGUUUUGACAUAAUUUCCUGUUUGUUUCUAGACUUUAAGGGGUUUUAUUUUGAAAGUAGCAGCUUCCGGAAGUACAUCACCGUUCUCCGACGGCACCGUUUACUUGUCAUUCAGACAUCCCGGGAAUUCAGCGCAACAAGAAACCAGCCACCGCGGCUCAGCCAAAAACAUUUUCCAUUGAACCCGCGUCCUGCUUCCCACAAAUCAACACGAAAACACAACAAGCCGUUUAAACGGGGAGGAAAGCGGCCGCUUCACGCGCUGCUGCAACAUGCUGUGAGGAGCGACCAGAGCCUGCAAGCCUGCGCUGCCGAGACCCUCUUCCAUCCUUCCAUCGUCACCGUAUAUGAUCCUACAUGAGGAGAGGGGAGAAAGCCGAGGGCUACAGACAGAUGAGACCCAAGACCUUCCCUGUCAGCAACUGCAAUGGCAACUUCAACGGCAACAGCCAGCAGAUGCUGCAGGAAAUACGCAACAGCCUGCGGAACCUGACCAAGCCCUCGGAUCUGCCCAAAGGGGACACCGGCGGACCAGGAAAGAUGACCCCUGAAGACCCGCGGCAGCAGGGCCGCAGCGGGAACCUCAAAAACCAACACCAGAAGGCCUUACAGGAGAUCCGCAAGUCCCUGGGUCCGUAUAAAGUAAACGGUUGUGGGGGCGAGGAGUCAACCACGUCCGGCGCCGAUGGAAACAAGUCCCAGGACGCAUCUGGGUUCGAGGAGCCAUCCGGCGGACGCCGUGGGGGUGGCGCUCCGGACUACAUGUUAAAGCUGAAUUACCAGGACCCAUUGAGGGAUCAGAUGACUGCGUCCAGUUCAAACUCUGCAGGCCUGAAAGUGCCCGAAGCCUUCCACAUGCCGCAGGUGGUGCUGCGGCGGCCGAGCUGGAAAGGUUCCAUGGAGUCUUUGGGCCCUCGCCACGGCCCAAACAUGGUGGACGGAAUGAUGUACCGCUCGGACAGCCCGGGACCUUCCCCUCCUUUCCCGCAGGGUCACCCAGCCGCCAACCAGAGGGUCAACCCCCCCUUGCCUCCUCAGAUGCGCAGCGUCACGCCACCUCCCAACCGCGGGACCGUUCCUCCUGCGUCGUCCUGGGACAACAACCCGUCGACCAACCGGCUAACUGGAAAUAUGGAUUUCUUUCCCCCCCGCAUCUCUCCGGUGCCGCAACCCCCUUGGGUUGAUGGGUAUCCCACCCCCGCAGCCCCAAACCAGCGAGGAAUCAGCCCCGCCUCUGGAAGUCAUCAGCCCAUCAUAAUGCAAAGCUCCGGGGGGAGCAAGUUCACCUUUCCCUCCAGCAGGACUUCGAGUGGCUCCUCCCAACUGGACCAUGUGUCAGGGGGGAGCAGGCAGCCCCCUCCCCCUUACCCUGUCAAUCAGAGCAGCUCCACUGACCCCCAGGUGGGGGGACCUGCCUCGUCUCCUUCCUACAUCAACGGUGGUAACAUCCCCCCCUCCCUGAUGUCCAGCAACCGGAACAGCCACAACCUGGAGAUGUACAGCAUGGCCCCCCAGCCCUGGCCCCAGAGCCAGCCGCCGCCUGCCAGCAACAGUAACCAGGACCUGUCCCCGUCGUGGCAGCACAACGUGCCGGCCCGCUCCAACUCUUUCAACACCCCCCAGCUGAACGGCAGACCCGCCCACCCCGCCAGCUCCCAACCCUCUGCCACAACUGUCACCGCCAUCACGCCAGCCCCCAUCCUGAACCCCGUCAGGAGCACCAAAGUCCAGAAGCCCGAGCUCCACACCGCCGUCGCCCCCACGCACCCACCCUGGAUCCAGCAGGGGGCGUUGCCUGGACCUACAUACUCCGAGCCCCCCCUCCCCGUUCCCCAGGCUCCCACCGAGGCACCCAGCUACCAGGGCCCACCCCCGCCCUACCCCAAGCACCUCCUCCAGCAGCAGGGCGCGCUCGGCCCGCCGGCGUACAAGCCGAGCAGAGAGGAGGCGAAGGCGGAGGAGGCGGCGAGCGGCGAGAACUCCAGAGAGAAGGCGCCGGACACCCCUGAGACCACGGAGAAGGAGAGGAAGCAGAUCACCACCUCGCCCGUCCCCGUCCGCCGCAACAAGAAGGACGAGCCCAGGGGGGAGUCCGGGAGGGUGCCGCUGUACUCCCCCCAGGCCUUCAAGUUCUUCAUGGAGCAACACGUGGAAAACAUCCUGAAGAACCACCAGCAGAGGAUCCGCCGGAGGAAGCAGCUGGAGAGCGAGAUGCAGCGGGUGGGCUUGUCCUCAGAAGCUCAGGAGCAGAUGCGAAUGAUGCUCUGCCAGAAGGAGUCCAACUACAUCCGCCUCAAGCGCGCCAAGAUGGAGAAGUCCAUGUUCAAGCAGAUCAAGACUCUGGGUAUCGGCGCCUUCGGGCAGGUGUGCCUGGCCAGGAAAGAAGACACGGGAUCGCUGUACGCCAUGAAGACGCUCCGCAAGAAGGACGUCCUCCUGAGAAACCAGGUUGCACACGUGAAGGCCGAGAGGGACAUCCUGGCAGAGGCCGACAACGAGUGGGUGGUGCGGCUCUACUACUCCUUCCAGGACAAGGACAACCUGUACUUUGUCAUGGAGUACAUCCCCGGGGGGGACAUGAUGAGCCUCCUCAUCCGGCUGGGCAUCUUCAAGGAGGACCUGGCGCAGUUCUACAUCGCCGAGCUGACGUGCGCCGUGGAGAGCGUCCACAAGAUGGGCUUCAUCCACAGAGACAUCAAGCCGGACAACAUCCUCAUCGACCAGGACGGACACAUCAAGCUGACCGACUUCGGCCUGUGCACUGGGUUCCGCUGGACGCACGACUCCAAGUACUACCAGAGCGGAGACCACGUGAGGCAGGACAGCAUGGACUUCAGCAAGGAGUGGGAGGAGUCUGCCAACUGCCGCUGCUCGGACCGCCUGAAGCCGCUGGAGAGGAGGAAGGCCCGGCAGCACCAGCGCUGUCUGGCCCACUCCCUGGUUGGAACGCCCAACUAUAUCGCCCCGGAAGUGCUGCUCAGAACAGGAUACACACAGCUCUGCGACUGGUGGAGCGUGGGCGUCAUUCUGUAUGAGAUGGUGGUGGGACAGCCGCCAUUCUUCGCCAACACGCCCAUUGAGACUCAGAUGAAGGUGAUCAACUGGAAGAGCACGCUGCACAUCCCCCCCCAAGCCAAGCUCAGCCCCGAGGCGUCCGAUCUCAUCGUCAAACUGUGCCGCGGCCCCGACGACCGCCUCGGCACAAACGGCGCCGACGAAAUCAAAGCCCACCCCUUCUUCAGGACCAUCGACUUCUCCAGUGACCUCCGGCAGCAGGUGGCGCCCUACAUUCCCACCAUCGCCCACUCCACGGACACCUCCAACUUCGACCCCGUGGACCCGGACAAACUGCGGAGCAUGGACAGCGAGAACAACUACAACGACACGCUGACGUCGCUGUUCCGCAACGGGAAGCACCCCGAGCACGCCUUCUACGAGUUCACCUUCCGCCGCUUCUUCGACGGCUACGGACACCCGUACAGCUGCCCCAAACCCAUCGAGUACGACGGCUACGACGAGGACUGCGAGGGCGCGCCGCCGGACGCACAGAGCCAGGAGCAGGUCUACGUGUAGAUGACCACCACGAAAACCCGUUUACUUUAUUCUACGAGGAAAAACGGGAACCAGAAUCUCCGUCUUACAAAAAUCCCCACUAUGUUUUCUUAAAACUAUCUUGAUCUGGGGGGAGGUUUGGACCCUUAAACCCCGCCCCCAACACAAAAGAAUCGGCGUGCUCUUCAACCCUCAAAAGCCUUAAUUUAUUUAAAGCUGUAGAUACCGCUUGAGUAUUGCUGCGUUUUUCAGAGAAAUUUCCAGAAUUUGUCCUAAUUUAUAUUUGAAUGCGUUUCCCUGGGUAUGUAUUUCAUAGCAGGGAGGAGUGGCUCCCAUGAUCCUUUGCUGUGCCUCUUGUUUUGAUUCUGUGGUUUUACCAAAUAUUACGAGGGUCAAUAAUCAGACUGGCAUUUAAAUGAGUAGCAGUAGCUGAUUGUACUACACUAGUUUUAUUUUUCUAAUUUAUACUUAAAGUGUAUUUAUAAAUGAAGUUGUAUACAGGUUGUACAUAGCCCCGCCCCCUUCUCUCUGGACAGGCCAGUGUCUGUUUCUGACAGGAACUCUGAACUUUACAUCAUCAACCAAAGCACUAAAAAUGUGGGUCCGGAGCCCCGAUGAACCCGCAUGUGGAGGAAACACUAUGAAUUAUGGGUAAUCACACUAUGUAGCACCUGAUGGGAGGUGGACUCCUCCUCACGUGUCGAGUGGGGGUUUACUCGCUGUCCUUCCAUUUGUAGGAAAAAAAAACCUGAAUGUAGUUGUCGUGGCGACGCCUCACCCAGCACUGGUUUUGUUUUAAGUUUAUUUUUCAUACAUGUGAUUCUGGGACGAGGGGUCAGGAAUAAACAGAUUUUAAAGGA